AUGGCAGCCAUGUACGGCGUCCGUGAACUUUACGGAGGGGCUCUAACCGUGGAAUUGCCCGUGGAGCUUAUUGAUUCAAGCGACAUCCGGCAAAUUCCAGACCAUCAAGAAGUCUUCCUCUCGCCGACGACCCUCACAUCCAUCAUCUUCGAGAUCAACAACUACGUCGGACCCAGCAUUACAGACCCCAGGGCCUCAUCCGCGCCCACAACGACUACCUCAACAACAACUCUACCAGAUGGAACGAUCACGACCACGACCACAACAGCCGUCAGCCAAACAAUCAACGGUACCGUACAGCCGCCAAUGGCGGAGUUGGAUGCCGAAGCCGCGAAAUACCACUUCACCGACGUGAUUUCGCCACCAGAUACGUUAGCUUCCCCUUUGCCGAACCCCCAGCCCGUGAGAAUGGUCGAUGCGAGCCUGGCAAGCUAUCCCGCGUACAUGCUGGCGGGGAACAUCAACAGCUUCGAGACAUCGCGUACGGCUCAGCAAAGCCCUAACGGAGGCCGGCAGAUCUCCCCGUCCGCCAUCGCCUCUCAGCAGCAGCCGCAGCUGAGUUCGCUGGUGCAUCAGCUCGCCCUCCUGAUCCGUCUUCAACCUUACAGCACCGACUUGUGCGUCCGCAUCAACGUCCCGGUCAAGGAGUUCAUCGAGGCCGGCCAACGCACAGGGUCAACCGACAGCGGCGCCACGGAAGCCAUGAUUGCGCAGGAAGUCGGGUAUGCGCGGGACAUACUCACCAGAAUCGUGGAGACCUUGGCGGUCCGGGAUUGGCGGCUCUUCAAUGCAUGA